GCUGAUUCUAGUGAAGCCAGACUUAGCAUGUGCUCCAAAGGACACUGCUGAUUAAACACUCAACAAGCAAACAUGCGGUUCAUUUGGCUGGGUUGUUUAGUUUUAACAACUGCCUACAUGGUACUGUCCCACAAAGGGAUUCAGGUCAAAUGUGGCAAAGAAUCACUCAUAGUCAAAUGGAGGGUUCAGGAAAGCCUGGAGGAAACGCCCUCCAAACUUCUCCUGGGCGACUGCUUUCCUUCGAAGUUCUCACCGAGGGACGAUGGAGGAGGGGAGGCAGUUUUCCACUACCAUUUCUCCGACUGCCUUUUCAGACAAACGGAAACACCUGAGGAGGUGAUUUAUGAAAAUGAACUGAUCUAUAGGCCGUUGAAGUCGCAUUUUGCUCUCAAUGUCUACCCUAUCAAGUGUGUUUUGGCAAGGUCUUUUUCUAUUGCAAAGCCCACUUUUGGAGUUCUACAAGGACAAGGAGACUUGACGUUCCAUAUGGGUCUUCUGAAGGAGGAUUUAAGUGGCCCGGCAUUAUCAAACGCCUUUCCUCUCGGCUCAUUUGUUAACAUUUGGGCUUCGGUAGAACAGCAAGCCCACCAGCCCCUUAUGCUAUAUAUGGAAGAAUGUGUUGCAUCGAACACUUUGGCACUCGGACCCCAGUCGUGGAUAUAUCCAAUAAUUACUAACAAAGGAUGUCUUGUGGACGGAAAGACCGGGUCAUCUAGUUUCUUGCCGAGAAAUGAGUCAUCUUCGCUUGUGCUUCAGCUACAAACGUUGAAAUUUGCGGCAGAACAAGAAGUAUAUAUCCAUUGCAAACUAGCAGUAUGGGACCCGGAAGAUAUAAAUGAAGAAAACAAGGCUUGCAAUUACAACAAAUAUUUUGAAAGUUGGGAGCUUUUGGAUGACACUUUGCAAAACGAUCUAUGCCAAUGCUGCGACUAUAACUGCAACCAACAGAUGACCCCAAAUUCACACUCUGGCCCAGCUCAAGAUGCCGUCUUGGGACCGCUGCUUUUAACAUCAGCAUCUUUCUGACUUUUGGAAACAGGUACUGCCUGGUUGCGUAAUGAGGACCGAGCUUCUCUUCAGCGUCAUGUUAUGAUUGCUUGGUAACUGGGGGAUGAAAAUAAAGAGCUAUUCUGCCACA